UACUCGCCAGUGCAUCCUAUGACACGCUAACCGCCAGCAUCUCAACUGCAACAAUGAAUGUGUUCUCUGGUGUUGCGCUUCUACUGUUGGGCUCUUCCAUGCUCCUGUACGCAGAGGGCACGAAGUGCACAGGCGGAUUCCACAAGCAUGGAAAUUCUUGUUAUUGGCUCUCGAACAUAAAAGGAACAUUUGCAGAAGCGAGGUCAAUCUGUCGCUUCCUGGGCAGUGAUCUGGUCGCCAUCACCAGUCACACCGAGGAUGCCUUUGUCAGAGGGUAUGCGACCCAGCGGGGAAAAGCUGAAAGAUACUACCUGGGGGGCACCGACCUCGGCCUGGAGGGACGCUGGAUAUGGACGGGAAACAAGCCCUUUACUUACACCAACUGGGAACCAGGGCAACCAACUAACUACAAAAAUAAUGAACACUGUCUCGAAGCUUACAAAGAAAUUACGUACAAUACCAUUCACAGAGAGAAUUCACAUAUCGUUAUACAGCUGUGGGAGACAAGCAAAUACAUAAAGCACAAUUUCUAAAAUAAUCCUGUACAAUUAGUCGUUCACCCUUGUGUCCACUUACCCAAGAUUAUCACUGUGAUUAUGCAUGUAAAUUGAAGUAUAAAACGAACUGGUGUAAAAAUAAACAUUAGCUGCCA